AGGAACCGAGUCUACAAAAGAACGUGUGUUCAAAUUGCAAAAUCGAUAUGAACCUAAUAAACAAGAAUUUUAAUUGUUAAGAAGCACUCGCCAAACAGCAAAAGGUGAAGGAAAUGGACAGUACAAUUAAUUCUACAAGGAAUAGACUACAAGAUAUUCAAAUGUAUUGCCAGUUCACGAAAGCCUUUAGGUUGAUUGAUUGACUAUGCACAUCGAAAUAAUCGAUGAAAUCUAUAGAAAAAUAUUUCGAUUUAUGCGAUCCUGUCAAGAGGCAUAAGUAGCUCAGUUUGUAGCUUAAUUUGGUGUUUACUGCACCGAACUUCCCAAACUGCGCUAACUUGACAUGGCACAUAUAUUUUUAAACGAAAAAUACUAAUGGAGGAACUGGACUUGAUUCUAUCACAGAGACGUAUCGAUUUAAAAAAGGAAACGAAGGAAGAUUAUUCGAUGAACACAUCGGAUGAAACUUACUACGAGGAAGAAUAUUCGAGGAGUUUGACUAUAAAACGAAAAACCGUAUUGAAUAACAAAAAUAGUGCCGAUAAAUACGAAGAAUUAAAAAUCGAAUUGGCAAAUACAUAUUUAGAGGAAUGCAAAGCGUUGGAGGAGCAUACAGCGCUUUGGGAUUCCUACAACCUUCUUGAAAACUUAAUAGAAAGCGUCUUAAAUCACAUCGACUGUGGGCUAUUGGAAUCCAGAUCUAUCAUUCGAUUAGGAUCGUGGCUAAAUUCCUACGCGGUUCGCGAAAAUCGUAUCGACGAGGAAAUAUCCAAUUGCCUGAAAGUAUUGAAUGAAAAGAUCGACUUUGAGGAAUACGAAAGAAUGAAGACCAAACUGUUAGUGGAAUUAAAUUCCAGUAAUUCGAUAAUAGAGCUCCACGCGGAUUUCGAAUUACGUCGCCAUAAUUUCAAACUGGCUUUCAAAAAUCUGAAGAUCCUUUUGGAAAUAUUGAAUGUCAACGAAGAUUCACUGGGUAAACUUAAACAGCAGUUCGAUGAAAUUUUGAUGAAUUACCAACACUGUCGAUGCAUCCUGGACCGCAAUCUACCGGUUGUGAUAUCACAAAGGAACAAAAUGUUACUGGACGGUCUGAGUAUUUUACGACAUCAAUACGCAUACUUAGAGGAGAAAAGAACGGCUAUGAAUCGUUUAUUGGUAUCUUUUCCCAAGAACUUGCAAGAAUGCUUACGUUAUAGUGAAACAGGAUCAGAUUAGUGAUACUCAUACAAAUACAAUAUUUUACCAGACUUUUAAUCCCCGGCAAUUUGAUAUGUUAACGUUAUUCGCGUGCAUUGGGAAAUGUUUUCAUCAAGCAAAUAAAGUACUUAAUUGCAAAUCUGACCAAACUCUUAAUGACAAAUAUCGUACUUUUCGUUUGUGGCGUCUCCGAAAAAAAAAAUGGAAAAAUGUUUUUUCGUGGGUUGCAAAUAUUAUAUUAAUCAACAAGAGUGGUAAAGGACAUUUGAGUCACGCAUGAGUGACAAAAAGUUUGCCAAACAUGUUAAUUAUGUGAUAGAAUAUGCUGAUGACUAACAGGAAACAGUAUUCUAAGUACCAGCGACGCUACGCUUGCAUAAAAACUUUAUAUAUAUGACCACUUUGUACUUUGCGUUCAGUUCUCCUUGUAACGGGUUAAAUAAAACCUCGUAGUUCUGUUUGUAAAACAAAAAAAGUGUUUUUUUAAAAACGAGAUCCUUCGUUAGAAAACCUUUACUUGUUACAUACUACACUUUUUCUACGGCCGUUAGUUUUUGAGUACAUUGAAAUGUCCCAAGUGGCUCGGUUCCGUGGAAAACGAAACUGACGUGGCAAAAUGACACUUUUCGCACGGUAGAUCGCUGUAUAAUUAGGUAUUUUACAGAAAGGAGUAGAAAAAAUAUAUUCAAUUUCAAAAGCGCGGCAAUACAAACAAAUAUACUCUUUUAAAUGUGUCGUAAAAAUGCAAAAUAUUGCAAAAAAUCUAUUACAGUUUUUAGAAUUGUGGAAUUGACCGGUCAAAUACUUUUGUGUCAAUUGACCUAAGUAAUUUUAAAAAUACAAUGAAAUUUAUGAUUAUUUAUUUAUAUUGUACGUUACGUCGCCGUCGGGUCGUUCUGAAAACGAAAUGGAAUCGAUGUUUGAAAUUCCCCAAAUCGCUAAGUAUCGUAUUCAGGUAUUCCUUGAAGAGGUAAUGAAUAGGUAAAUUGGACCUGAUAACAAAAUGCAUAUUAUUAUUAAAUAGUGGUAGAUAACAUUCUACAAUUGCAAGAUUUUAUCUAAAACACUUUGAUCGAAUUUGACUCGUCUAUUAAGAAGUGGUCAAACGACGGUCAAUUGACCAGCCCCAACACUACAGUUUUGACCUUGUAAGGUAGGGGUUCGUUUAUAUGACAAUACAAUACAAACUUGCUUGGUUAGUUAGUUCACUGAAAAUUUAUUCCGUAUGAGAUAAUAGAAAUUUUUUGAAAUUAGAAAAAAAAUAUUUAAGGUAUGAUGAAAUUAAAUUAUCCCAACGCAAUUUUGAAAAUUAGUUAGUUAAUUAUGAUAUUUAAAAAAUCUUUGUACAUUUAUUCAAAUGUAUUUCCAAUACAUUUCCAAAAAACUAUGAACUUCCCAUACCCAAUCUUAUUUCAAAAUUUCAAAAACCGUGAAAACUUCAGUAGAAGAUGUCAGAUAUGAAAAUACAAAACAAUUAAUUUUUUUCUUUUUUUUACAGGUUCUGAGAUAUACCAUCCCAUAACAAAACGCAUCAUCCUGUACAUGAUUCCCACUUGACCAGGCUUGAUAUGAGCUAAUUUCAGAUUAAAUAUAAGAAAUAAAACAAGUUUGUCUCCUUACCUGCUUACCUUUUCAAUUUAAGAUGAAAUUUUAAUUGACUUUCUUGAUACAGUCUCAGAAAUUGCAAAUUAAUUAGGGCUUGAUUUCCGUUUAAAUAAAAGUCUUACCUUGAGAAAAAUUCGACACAAAAUAAAUGGUUCUCGGGCGUAAAAUGAGUUCUCCGAAGAGCUCCGCGAAACUUAAUUAGGGUUACGAACUUUAUAAAUAAGGAAUAGAAGUUUGUCGAAAGAAUAAGCAAUUUAAGGAAAUACAGUCAAUUCGGAACUGCGAAAAAUACGGCUACGUGUUUUUAAAAAGACGGUAAACAUCGAAAAAAAUGUCUCAAAGAGCAAAAUACGAUUUCCAACAAUAUUUGUCCGAGCAUUCUGUAACAAGCAUUUAUCGAACUGAUUUUAAGCACCUCCGAAAUAAAUAUUUUGAGUGAAAUAUAAUAGCCGAUAAACAAUUUUUUCGAAGUAAAAAUGUACAGGGAUAUACGCAUUUUAUUUUUAAAUCUCAAAUUCUUUAAAUUAUCUUUAGCAAUGUGAAAAAUAUUUUUUUUUACUCCCUUCUUUGAAAUGCUCAAUUAUACACGGAGCUCAGCAAAAUAGUACUCGUGACUCAAAUGCCGUUUACCACACUUGUUGCAUAAUAUGCAACUAACCCAAAACUAACAUCUAAUGUUGUAUAAGUUGCCGCUUCCUCAAGGUCCCUCUUUGAAUAGGAUAUGGUAAUUGAUUUUCUGGUUUAUUCAAAUUUCAUAAUUAUUUCAAUUUUCAAUUUUUUAGAAAAUUAUCGUCUCGAAUCUUGACAUUAAACAAGACUUGUGUCACUUGCCGGAUCUUAGACACUUUUGGCGGGAAAAUUUGAUUUUUUUUAACCUUCAGGUGUGAUCGCUGGAAAAUAUUAAAUCGUCGCAUAUAUUCGGAUGGUGUAAUGCCCAUAACCGUUAGUAUUCGGGUUUUCGCUGAAAAUCUUCAGUUAUGUUAGGGGUAGCGCAUGCGCAGACGUAUUGUUCGUAUUGGGCUGGCAUAGGAAAAUUUUAAAACUGCGGCCGCAAAUUAUUCGUGUUAGUUAGUUGUCUUCUGUUUAGAAAUUUUCGAAUUAUUUAUUUCAUAUCAUUAAAAAUAUUAAUCAGAACCAGUUUUUAAGACAUCAGAACUGAAGGUUGAUGAGAAGAACAAAAUAACAGGCUUUCAGUAAAAGAACCACAUAGUUCGGCGACAAAAUCUAGGAGGAACUUGAAAGUUGUCUUUUUGUAUUGCCUCAUAAAUUUAUCGAAAAUCGUUGUAUCUCGUUAGUUUGGAACCAAACAAAAUUAGAAAACAUUAUUAGAAUAUCGUAAAUUAUGAGAUAACGUAAAAAAAGGAAAUUAAGAUGUUAGCAUUACAAAAGAAAAAUGAAAGUACUUGGUGUAGAAUGUAAUAUGUUAAG